GCAACAUUCAUUAUGUUACUACUCUUCAACAAAACUCCCAUCUCUCCUCUUGGAAUCUUCAUAUUCAAUAAUUUUAAAAAAAAACAUGGCAAACAAUGAUGGUGGUGGAGGGGUAGGGGUGGUGGUGCAAGUGAAGCACUAUUGUCAAGUGGAGAAAUGUGAGGUUAAUUUAGAUGAUGCUAAGAAGUAUCAUAAAAGGCACAAAGUUUGUCAAGUUCAUGCUAAGGCUCCUAUUGUUUUGCUUGCUGGUUUAAGGCAGAGGUUUUGUCAACAAUGCAGCAGGUUCCAUGAGCUCUCAGAAUUUGAUGGCACUAAAAAGAGCUGUCGCCUGCGUUUAGACGGACACAACAAGCGGCGUCGCAAAACACCACUGGCUAUUGAGAUGGAAGAUAACCAAUGCAGGUUGAUCAAUGGGGAAGCCAGCCCACAUAUGGACAUGACUUUGUCCAGCAGGAAUACUAUCCACACUGCUGAUAUCUCUAGAUGAAAUGCUUACUCUCUUCUGUCAGCCCCCUCGGGGGCAUCGUUGUUAAGACCUAUCGUUCGAUGCUUGUAAUGAAAGCAGAACUCAAAUAAUGUUGUAGUGGUUAUCCUAGCAAACAACAUUCCGUUUAUUUGAA